CAUUUUUACACAAAUGCUUAAAACCUUUAACUGUACUGAAGCUUUGCAGGUAGGUUUCUUUAAGAAUCUUGGAAACAUUGCCAUUUCUUCUUUUAGUCUGUCUCAGUUUGUUCUGUUUCUUCCUCUCAUUCGAGACAGACUGCAUGAUGAUGAGAUCUCUGUGUGGAGCACUGGCUGUUAUCAGACUCUUUGUGCAAAUAAAAAUCUCAGUGGAUUAUUACAAUUAUUGGCAAAAUGAAUGUUGGGAAAUGUAAACUGAUAUUUCCUACUGACACACUACAACAAAAGAUAGAAAUAACUGACUUUAAACCUGACUUAAAAUUUGUUAGCUUGUGAAAGUACUACUGUUCUAAUAAUUUUGGCCACCACCUUGUUGUUUUUUUAUUUUUGAACUGUACCACAGACAGUGCAAAUGUACCAUUUAAUACCAUGGCACAUGAAUAUGGUAAGCUUAUGUUAAUGUCAUAUUAGUCUGUUUUUCCAGAAAAGUAGAAAAAUUCAAUUGUUAUCUAUCUGAUUGUUCCCAUAUAGGUUUGAGUUUUUUAACCUGUUAGCAAAGCACUUCAGUUUACAUUCACUUCCGUGUUCAAUCACUAACUUUAACUUGUGCAGUUUUAAAUGGUAAUGCACAGCAUUUAUUGAUUAAUUUAUUUCAGGGGAGUCCAGAUCUUUUCCUGAAGGGCUACUGUCCUGCAGAGGUUAGCUCCAAAAUUAAACACACCUGAACCAGAUCAUCAAGGUGUUCAGGAUUACCAGGCUGCGUCCGAAAUCACCCCCUAUACUUUUAAAUAGGGCACUAGUUGAGGAGACAGCAAUGUGUAGUGGGAUCUGAAACUAGUGGACAUUAUCAAGUGCAUUCAUACAAUCUCGCAAUGGACCCCAAUAAUGAUUAUACAACUAAUGUUAACCAUAGCACCCUUAAUGUACUGUGAUGGUCAUGCUGAAUGAGUUCCCACGUCUCGCCAGAAGAUGGCGCCUGCAGCUGAAUCAUCAUUUUAUCCAUCCGUUUUCCAACCUGCUUGCCCUAUUUGAGUUCAGCAUAAUGUCAUACAGCUGUAACACAGAUGCAGUUGGAGAAUGGCUGGCAAAUCAAGUGCAUGCAAAGUUCGGAAUGUGGAUAUCAACCCAUGCAUUGAGGAGAGUGAUGGUUCUCAAAAAUGUUUGGAUGCAUACAACUAUGAUAAGAGCAUGUGUUCUGCAUACUUCAUGAGGUAUAAAAACUGCAGGAAGUACUGGCAUGGUGUGAUGCUGCAGCGUAGGCGUGAUGGAGUAAAGCCUGAUAUGCCAACCGCUGAGGAGCGAGAACAGAUCAUCACAGCCCUUGGAGGGAAGCCCUACUAACUGCACAGUAGCAGUUAGAACAUAAGUGUGUUUGGACUCAAUAAAACAAAUUUCUUGCAGAGGAGACACACUAUGAAUCUAUCCUUCUGGUUUUAUGAAAAUGUAUUUCAGUCUUGUGAGGAAAGGGAUUAAAUGUGUACUUGCGUAAUUUCAGCAAUUAUGUAGUUGUGUAACAACUAAUGCUGUGUUUGUAUGUACCAUACUGUCGAUGGCAGGCUAUUACAGCCUAAUUUAAUGUAUUCAAUUAUUAAAAAUAGAACAUAUUUUUAAUA